AUGACAUACGAAGGGUUACCGAUUCGUCACGGCGCCAAGAGCACAAAUAUGCAGAUCCGCAUGUCGCUCAACACGCAUAAGGAUAUAGUCUACGGAAGCGUGCAAAGGGGUGUGAUGUCUAACUUUCACUUUGAUCCCGAAGUCGCGGUGUUGCCGAAGACGACUCUAAGUCGGACAUUGACGAUUCAGGUUGUCUCAGAACUGAAGAGUGUGUACGGCUCGCACACGUUUAGAAAGGCCUCGCGGAAAGUAUUGAACUUGAUGGGACUUGAGAAAAAGAAAGAGGAUGAUUUGUUCACAUUAAACGAGACGAAUGGAGACGUAAACGUCAAUCAAAGCGAUGACGAUGAAGACGCAGACAUUCAGUACGCGCAGAGUGAUGAGAUUUUUGUGAAAGGGAGUGCCAUCGGUUACGUGCAGAUUCCCGUCGAAGACUUGCUCGUCGGAGACUUGGUGCGAAAAAAGUUGAAACUCAAGCCGAUGAUGAUGACAAAGUCCUGGCUCAAGAUGAAGGAAGACCAAUUGGGCGAAAUAGAAGUCAUGAUUGGCUGCGGUUACUCGAAAUUGGCACCGAAGGACUUGGAAUUGAUCAGCCAAGUCGCAAGACCGACGAUCGGGAAGUUCUCAUUCAACAUCGCCUCCGUCGUUGGCGAUCGAACGCCGUAUCAACAUGUCGCACCGAUCAUCGACAGCGUGCUCUCCAUGACUGAUGAAAACGAGAAGUUUGGACGACAUGUAUACGCGACGGUGAUGUGGGAUGGUCGCGAAGAGAACAUUAAAUCUUCGCAAGAACGUUUCAACUUUUCCAUAACGGAAAUUUCUGGCGAAAUCAGGGUACUUUUCAAGUGCCCGGAUGCGAUCAGUGGUGGCGAGCAGAUUCUAGGCGCGAUUUCGAUUCCAAUCUCCAGCGUUCUCAAAGCGCAGGGUAGCUCCAUCGAUGCUUGGUUUAACAUCACGCCUCCAAAUCCAGCAUUUCUGACGGAAAAUGAAAUGGCUGACCCGAGUCACGCCAUGUGCGUGUACGCGCGUUCGAGUAAUAAUCCAAACGACUGGCAAGGUUUCGCUCGCAUCAGGCUUUCUUUCGUACCAAAGGGUGGUAGCGCGCCGUGGGAGUGGUAUCUCAAACAAUCACCGAUGGGGGUGAAGACGGCGCACAUACCGGAUACCAUCGAUGGUGUGCUCUUGAGUCUGCGGCAUUUCGUCGAGUCUGUGCUCCUUCCCGCCAAGACGUUUGCAAGGGCGGCGAUUUUCUACUCAAAGCCAGAGAGUCGAUUGCUCAAGCUUUUAUGGUUUGCGUAUCAUACCACGUGUUGCGCAGUGUUUCAAUGUAAAAUGGUGAGUACAUUCAUACUUUUAUGGAUAGUUCCUGGCUUGUUUUACACUGGUUUCUGCUCAAGCAUCGUCGUCAGCGAGAUUUGGUCAAACGUGUCUGCGUUUAAAGAUGAUGACGAUGAGCUUGAAGCGUUGCGCGUUGAAGUCAAUAAGAUGGCUAAGAUGCGAAACAAAAAGAUUCGCGAAUUUAGAGAUAAAACUUUGGAAAAGUGGAGAUUGAAGAAGUUGCUUAGCCAAGGUCGCGACGUGACCAUCUCGAGCGACGCCGUGAACGAAGGUGUAAGACGUCGCAAAGCAAAGCGCGCUCGCUUGGGUGUCGACGACGAACUUCCAGCGGUGGCGACCGUGUUUUUGCCGCGAAAUAUGAUGAACUACGUCAUUGCUGUGGUCACGUCGUCGAAUCCCGCAGAAAUCGUGUUGAGGGCUAUCAAAAAAAUUGUUUGGAAAUUACUCAAUGUGAUAAAAGGCGCAAGCGUCAAGUUGGUGCGAAUUGACAAGGUACUCGCGUCUGGUGGCCCUCGAGUCAUGCCAGGUCUGUGUCGGCGCGUGGGUGUAGAGUUGGAAACACUCGCAGAUAAGUUUGGCCGACCCACACAGUUGGUUUCGUGGGGAAAUACCACUUUGACCAUGUAUUUCUCGCUACUCACGUGCGCGCUGACGUUAGCGUUCUGUUGCGCUCUCUUUGCGUUGCAGCAAUUCUUUGCAUUUAUCGACCAUUACUCUCCUCUGCGCAUCUGGCACGUCAUCUGGUUCAUCGGAAUCGCGCCUACUUUACCGUUUUUGAGUGAACAAAUGUUGCAAGCAGCGGUAGCGCUCGACACGGGCAUGCAGCUCUUCGUCGGUCUGUACGUGCCUGUGCGGCCAAUUUCUCUCGUCACCAUAAAAGCGAUCAAACAGUCGCUCGACAUCCAACUCACAGAUAACUGUAAAGUUUUGUACGAAACGGUGAAAAAGGAAGUGAAUGCGGAAAUCACGAACCGAGAGCUUUUGAGACGAAAGCAAGAGGCGGAAAAACUGGGCGCUUCGCAGAGAAAUUUCUGCAAGAACAGAUCGAAUCCGAUCGCCUGGCUAGCUUCGGCAAUUCAACGCGCGCCGACGGAACGGGACAUGAUGCACGAAGCACGUAUGCGCGCGCUCAUGGUUCCUGGGCACGCACACCCACCCGAUGUAUCGAUUUUCCGAGAAAAUGUCGACGUGAGACGCGCCUCCGCCUACGCGCUCGGAAAGCUGCUCGCGUUCGCCAUCGCCAUUCCCAUCAGAGCGCUCAACGCGCCCAUGGGCGUGAUGAAAAUGUCUAGCGAGAAACGGUUGGAUGCAUAUGAUGCGUGCACGCAACUGUGCGCUCUCAAUUGGCUGCGUUACGAGUCCCGAGGCAAUCUCCCCUUCGGACACCGCAAAACCGUCGUCACACCGAUGGCCGCCGACGGCAUUGAACGCUCGCCCGCGGGCGCUCGCAUCGUCGACGUCGUCGACGAAGACAUGACGAAAUCAAGCAUCGAAUCGACAUAA